AUGGCGUCGUACUCCGUCAAGCAUAUGCCUACGCACAGCGUAUCCGCCGUCUCCUCCUUAAUCGUCGAAAUCAAAAGCUUUUUCUCAGCCGUGAAACCAAGAAAAACCUCCACCUUCGUCUACGCCUUCGUCGUAACAUUCAUCGCCUUCACUAUCUUCUUAGCCUUUAGCCCUUCUCCCAUUACUGUCGCUCCUUCAGUUUCUUCGUACAUUCUCCCUAACCCUAUCACCGAUUCCAAUUUUGCCGCAAACACCACAAUGCGAGCACCGCCGCCGGAAAAUCUCACUCCGGUUACUAAAAAAGCAACCUCUGAGUCUCCAAUGGCUAAUGGAGCAAGUAAAGCCAACACUUCUUUGUCCCAGACUAAUCAUGCAGGGGAAAACAUGUCGCGUCCUGACAACAAGACUGCUCGAAAUUUGGACAAACCUCAAGCCGUGAAAGCACCUCUGACGGAGGAUCUAGCCGUCAAUUCCACUGCUUCUCCGGUGAGGAAACAGAGUAGGAAGUCGCGGAUGAGACGGGAGAUCGAGUCACUGAAGAAUUGCGAGUUUUUCGAAGGAGAGUGGGUCAAAGACGAUUCGUAUCCGCUUUACAAACCCGGUUCGUGUAAUCUGAUCGAUGAACAGUUCAAUUGUAUUUCCAACGGAAGACCCGACGUUGAUUUCCACAAACUGAAGUGGAAACCUACGAAAUGCAAUUUACCAAGGUUAAACGGAGGCAAGUUGCUGGAGAUGAUAAGAGGAAGAAGGCUAGUGUUUGUUGGAGAUUCUCUAAACAGGAACAUGUGGGAAUCUUUGGUUUGCAUUCUUAAAGGAUCAGUGAAAGAUGAGAGUCAGGUCUUUGAGGCUCAUGGAAGGCAUCGUUUCCGUUGGGAGGCUGAGUACUCUUUCGUCUUCAAAGAUUUUAAUUGCACUGUGGAGUUCUAUGCAUCGCCUUUCUUGGUUCAAGAAUGGGAAGUUGAGGACAAGAACGGGACGAAGAAGGAGACUUUGCGGCUAGAUUUGGUCGGAAAGUCAUCGGAGCAGUACAAAGGAGCGGAUAUUCUUGUGUUCAACACCGGACAUUGGUGGACUCAUGACAAAACUUCCAAAGGUGAGGAUUACUAUCAAGAAGGGAACAAUGUGUACAUGAAACUCGACGUGGAUGAAGCUUUUGGGAAAGCAUUGACGACUUGGGGUCACUGGGUCGAUAAGAAUGUGAAUCCAAACAAGUCUCUUGUUUUCUUCCGCGGUUAUUCCCCGUCACAUUUCAGCGGCGGGCAAUGGAAUGCGGGAGGGGCGUGCGACGAUGAAACAGAGCCGAUCAAGAACGAGACUUACCUAACGCCUUACCCGCCUAAAAUGGAAAUACUUGAAAGGGUUCUUAGUGGAAUGAAAACGCCCGUCACGUAUCUCAACAUCACGAGGUUAACGGACUACAGGAAAGACGCUCACCCUUCGAUUUACCGGAAACAGAAACUAUCUGAAGAAGAAAGCAAAUCGCCAUUGUUGUACCAAGACUGUAGCCACUGGUGCCUCCCAGGGGUGCCUGAUUCUUGGAACGAAAUUCUCUACGCCGAGUUGCUCCUAAAGCUCCACCGGCUCCGUGGCAACAGACGCCGGAAACCUACUGGUUAUAGGAGUUGA